AAGACUUGGCUACGAUUCCGACGGAAUAUCAUCUUGAAGAUUAAAUCCUUUUCUUAAAGGGAAUUUAAUUGAUUUACUAUGUUAUUUAUAAUUGUUUAAUAUUUUACGAAGUAAAUCAUUGUCGUCUGUCAGAAAAAUCGUUUGUGAUGAAAAUAUAGAUUUAAAUAAUUUUAUACCGUGAUAUCUUAUUAUGUAUAUAUGUAUAUGAAACACAAUAACUGUUGCAUUCAGUCAGUGAAUAUACAGUUAUGUGACUACUUCGUGGACGAUAAUAUAAGAUUUUUCUCUGACAGUUAACAGUGUAACGUAGCAUAAGCCAGUGAAUUAUCGACUGACAAAUAAAAUCUUAUAAUAAAUUGAUUUUCUUAAGGCCCGGUCGAUCUAAAGAUACGCUUUAGUUUACAUAUAAUAAAAGAAAAACUAUCAAUAAUGUCAAAAAAGCCUGGAGUUACUCAAGCCAUGCAUAAAGUUAUUAUGGUUGGAAGUGGAGGUGUUGGAAAAUCUGCUCUAACUUUACAAUUUAUGUAUGAUGAGUUUGUUGAAGAUUAUGAACCAACAAAGGCAGAUUCCUAUAGGAAAAAAGUUGUAUUAGAUGGAGAGGAAGUACAAAUAGAUAUCUUAGAUACAGCAGGACAAGAAGAUUAUGCGGCGAUUCGAGAUAAUUAUUUUCGCAGUGGAGAAGGAUUUCUUUGUGUAUUUUCUAUAACAGAAGAUGACAGUUUUCAAGCAACACAAGAAUUUAGAGAACAGAUUCUCAGAGUAAAAAAUGACGAGAACAUUCCAUUUUUAUUAGUGGGAAAUAAAAGUGACCUACAAGAGAAAAGGAAAGUCAGUUUGGCAGAAGCACAAUCCCGGUCACAGCAAUGGGGUGUACCUUAUGUAGAAACAAGUGCAAAAACAAAGGAAAAUGUUGAUAAGGUAUUUUUCGACUUGAUGCGUGAAAUAAGGUCACGCAAGAUUGAAGACAAGUCAGCAAGUAAUGGCCGUGAAAAGGAUCGUGCCAAGCGGAAGAAAAAGAAGUGCAUUAUUCUAUAGGUUUGCUAUUUUUUUCACAGCGCUUUUUUUAAGUUUGAGAAAAAAUCAAAAUGAACAAUAUUAUAGAUAAUUUAUAAAAGAAAUUUAUAAAUAUGCCUUUGUGCAGUUAUAUUCGAAAAAUAAGAUAUGUUGAAGAUAAUUAAAAAUGAUAUUUAAUGUUAUCAUCAUUCUGUAUAUUAAUAUUAAUACUCUCAACUUUGUUUUCUUAUACAUUACGUUUGUAAAUUGAAUCAAAAAAAAAAAAAAAAAAAAGAAAGAAAGAAAGAAAAGAAAAAAUAUUUAAAAUUUGAUUACACAUAUAUAAGUGAUAAUAAAAUGAUAAGUUAGAUAAUUUUAUGUGUCUGUGAAAAUAAUGUAAGAGAAACAUAAAAAAUAAUUUUUUGUUAGACAUGUCUAAUUUUUCAACAACAUAUGCCGCCAUUUCUUUAAAAAUGAUAUAUGAAACAUAUGAUAUAACAAAAUAUAAUUACAUUGAUGUCGUGCAAGGCCUUAAUUAGAUUUAUAGUAGAAUGUGUGCACUUUGCUUUUCUAAGUAUUAUGAUAAUAUAUAUAUUGGCAUAAAAUGACAUGCUAUUGCACUAAUCCUGUAGUUCUAUGUUUUGUUUCACAAGGCCUAGAUUUGAUGUGCUUGAAAAAAAAUAUCUAUUUAUAUAGCAUACUUGCAAUAUAAUAUGUAGAACAUAUAUUAGGUUUCUGCUCUCACUAUAAUAUAUAUAAAUUUAUUCUUUUUCCUUUUAAAACAUAGUAAUUUCAAAUUUAUAUUUAUAUUCCAUAAUUAUUCUUCUGUUAAUUGAUAAUGUUUGAUUAGCUGUUCAAUAUUUUAAUACCCUCUGUUGUAUUUACUCUAUGGCUUUUAUGCUUUCCAAUUCCUGUCACAUUUUUCAUUGCAUGAAACAAAUCCGUGUACCAUAUCUUUAUUUAUCGCAAUAAACAAUUUUUUGUUGACAA